AUGGAGUACGAACAGGUGGAGUACUGUCGCCGUGUUGUGACGGGGGCAAUUCUGUCGCAGGACAUCAACGACUACUACAAUCUGCUCUCUCCCCAGGUGCUUCUGGUGACACACUUCCCCUACCCGUCUACCAGCGCCAGCAGCAAUAUGCAGGCAGUGCAGCGCUGGGUGCGCAUGUCGGAGCCGCAGCAUAUUGCUGCCGUCGACGCUGCCGCUACUUUUGCUGUGAGUGCUGCUGCAGCGGCUGACAGAGGGUACGCCAAUACGAAUGCGAAGAACAAGGGCAAGCCCGCUGCCGUUGCUCCGGUUGGCACUACUGAAGCGGGUGGCGUUCGAAGCCAGAAGCGGCGCGUACGCGAGCUGUUGCGGCGUCAAGAGCAGUGGAGGAUCACCCAGCAGCAGCGGUACGAUACCUUCCGCAAGCGUCGCGAUCGUCAUCAUCGCUGUGCCGCCGACGGUGAGGACAACGGCGUAGGCAGCGCUGACGGUAGUGACGGGGGUGGCCGAGUCGAUGCUGCAGUCGCUGCCGCUGCAAGUGGAAGGGUCACUGUCGAUGGAUGCGGUGCACCAGCUGCACCGCAGCCCCAACAGCCGCAAACGAGCGCAGACAAGCAUCUUCGAGCAGGUUCCGUUGGCAAGUCAAACUCAGCGCGUUGCAACGCGCCCAACAGUGGGGGAAGCGCCACUGCCGCUUUAGCUGCGCGUUUUGUUGACGGCGUUCGUUGGUUCCAGCAGCAGCAGCAGCAAGCCCAGGCGCAGACACAACCACCACAGCAGCGUACAGGGUCGGGUCUUCUCCUGUCUUCCAAUGCAUCCACGGCAGCCGCUCCUGCAGGCGCCGCCGCGGCGCAGACUCGGCCUGCACCCCACAGCAACCCGAUCCCGUACGAGGACGCUGCCGUCAUAACAGAGGGUAAGCUGCUUGUCUCGUACCGCUUCUUCCAGCUGUUGCACUGGGUGUCGUUCUCAGACGGCAAGACGGCGCCGCCGACCCACAUUGCCCCCAUCGAGGUCGACAUCCAGUUGCGGAAAGACAUCCUGCAGGAGGAUGAGGUGUUGACCCCGCCCCCGCCCCCGGAAACGGUGCAGGAGGCGUACAGCCAGCUUGGCCGGCAACAUACAGAGCGCAACCAGGCGCUUAGCUGCAUACGUGUUGUCUGGGGCGCCGACUACCUCCUCUUCGCGGACACGAUCUUCUUGGACGACGGCCUCAUCGUAACAAUACACCGCAGGAUGCUGACAGUGCCUGAGGUGCUCGCCCGCGCGACGCCGGGCAUACCGCUGUCCUUGCAGGUAUCGUGCAAUCUGGCGCCAGGGCCGGGGACGCAGCCGCAGACGCGGUCCUCCGAGAAGGGAGGGGCCACCUCUCUCCCAGCGGGACAGGGAGGCCCCACACGUAAGCGUGGGCCGGAUCUCUCGGCGGCGCGCCCGGAGCAGGUGUAUCACGCCGUCGAGGCAUUUUAUGGAUUGACAGCCACUCGGAUCGACGCGUGCAGUAACGCGUGGGGACACCUCGACUUCUCCUUCGUCGAAGCAGCGGAGCCGUCGAUGCUGCUGCGACUGACGCCCGUCUCGGGGCGUGUGCACAUCGGCCUGCCACCCCGUGCCAUCUCUGAUCCUCGGCUCGUCCAGAGCAUCUUCCUGAACCAAGAGAACGACCCCACGAAGCCCAAACAGUCGCCCUCGAACCGCACACUCAUCAAGGCACGCAACAAGCAUGGCGAAGAGGAGGCGUACGAGUUCCGGACGCAGAAGAACUGCCUCUCCUUCUACGAGGACGGCACCAGUGGUGGAGCCGGGGGCAGUGAUGCAAACGCGUUCGGUGUUGGUGGUGGCGCAGGUGCUCAGCAGUGCAGCAAGAAUAAGAACUCGAGCGGCGACGGCGCCGCUGGUGUGACGCGGUACGAUGCGUCUUGUGUGCGAGUGUCGGGCUGCCACCUGCAGGCGAAAAUGGACCAGCUGGUACCGGUGCUGCGCCAUCUUGUUGCGAACUGCCUCCUCACGCUGCACUCCCUCGACCUUAGCCAGAACGACAUAUCAUCCCUACCAGACCUGCGCGUACUGCCGCUUCAGAGCCUGAAACUCCAUGGCAACGCCAUCGCUGACUGGCGCGUCGUUGAGAUGCAGGUCGCACCGCUGCCGUACCUUUCCAUCCUCACCCUGCACGGCAACCCGAUCGCGGAGGACACGAAGAUAAGAGCUGUAGCCGGUCGCAGCGGCAAGGCGGCCGUGCGGGAUGCGCACUGCAAAGACCCCGUCGACCGAGCUAUCAGGGAGGGCCGAGGGGAUGGCGACUCCGGCUACUGGAAGCGACUCCUGGCGCUGCUGCUACGCAACCCGGAUCGCGUGGCACCGCUGCGGCAGGUUGACUUUGUGACUCUCACGAGCCAAGACUACCACGUGGCAGGCGCGUACGAAAUGUUCACGACGGGGCAAGCGGGCGUGCUGGCCAAGGCGCGGUCGAUGAUGAGCAACCGAACACAGAUGCAGCCAGCAGGCGCGACGAUGUAG